AUGCCAUCCGACUCCAGCUUCGCCAUCGCGAUGAGAACGCAGCAGCAAGCCGACCGCGAAGAACAGCAACGCAUCAAGAGUCUAGUCCUGAACUACGAGAUGUCCAACGAGCCCGAGACCGCCGACGGGGGCCGCACGUCUUUCCGAUCUCGCAAGCUUCAACUCAGUGAUGUCAAUUGGUAA